UCUUGAAAUCAAAGUAGUGAGAGUAGUGACAAAAAUCAGUGAAGUAGUCAUAUUGUGAGUUCCCACGGAAUGAAAAGUACGCAUAAUUAAAUUUAUGAGAGUAAUGGAGUACAAAUGAAAAGCUGGCAUUGAUAAGUGAUUCAUUCAUUCUUAAUUUGUUAUCUAAGUGCAACGCAAAAAAAGUGAAAAUAAUCGACUUGUGACUAACAAUGGAUAAAUAAGCAAUCGGAAACGGAAGUAAUUGAUAAGUUUAAUAAGCAACGCAAAAGUAAAGCUAUGGACGGACGUGAAAGUGGAUAAGGCUGGUUCCGUAUGAUAUUUACUGUUCCGGGUUUCAAGAUUCUUUGCAAGGAAGCAUAAUAUCAACGCACACAUAUAUUCAUAUGUAUAUGUAUAUAUAUUUAUUAGUGAAGUAAAAAUAUUUGGCUGUGAAUUGAGAACUUCACUACUUGUACUUGAACACAUCUCGAGGUUGAUACAAUCGACAGCAGCUGUCAGCGUCGACGCCCACAAAUCGUUCUUUCGGUGCGCGCUGUUGCCAAUUGAUUCAACUUGUUGCCCUCUACUGUGUGGAUCCGACGUUAAAAAUAUUUCAAAGCUUGACUAAAUAAACAACUCUAAACUGGAAAUGAGGUCAAAUUCUGUGUAAACCACGAAUAAAAUUUACCUGCCGCAGUGAAAGAAGCAACGGUGACAUGUCGCUGGUGUAUGGGGAGGCAUGUAGGCGUAUGUGUGACGCAGCACCUGCCGUCAUUCGCAAUUGACAACAACAAGCCAUAAAACAAGGUCGUCUAUACAAUGCGUGCAAUCAACGUUAUCAAAUAUUAAAGAGUUAAGAAGCUCAAAGUAGCAAAUUACAUACUACAAGGCAAACGCCCAACUGCUAAGCCUCUGGUGCACAACAGACCACGUCAGAUAUCAACGGGGACUACGCCGCCUUAAAAUGACCCUUGAUCGACCGUUGUUUCCCAUCGAUUCGCUGCCUGCGUCCGCUGCGACAGCGUCGUCGUCGGCGUCAUCGUGGCACUUGAUAACUAGCGGCAAACUAACAAGUUACAGUGCAUUCCUUUUGGCUACACGCGCGCUGCGUCUGCUGCAACUAAAUUGGAAGGUAAUCACUUCCGCAGCUCUUCUGACGCUCUUGGCUAUCGUUUGGUACUACCCGGCAUUUUUCUUUUUCUUCAUAUUUGUCGUUUACUCACUAUUUCUGGUAUUAACAGCUGUGGCGGGCACAGUAUAUGUUCACUAUAUCUUUACCUGCCCAGAGCCACAACUACCGAAACGUCAACCAAUAAAUAUUCUUUACAAUGCGACAAAAAGCAGCAUUUUCGAACUGCCCAAACCCAUUAAGAAUGCAUCGAAUUUGCCGCUUAUCUUUGGUAAAACGGUUGAUUUGCAGCUGCAGCAGAUUAUUGAAUAUGUGCUACGCGACUUCAUGACCCACUGGCUGGGGCACGUGGUUACUCAACCGAAAUUGAUGAAUGAUAUUGUGCGCGAAGACCUUUGGAACGCCAUACAAAAAAUUCACGAUAGAGGUGUGAAAAUCGAUGCCGCUAAAAUCAUAGCUGUGGAUAUGGUGAAUCGUGUCACAGUACAUUUGGAGAAGAUUCGCAUAGCUGAAGCUAGAGCCGCUGAAAUAGGCAAUCCACCUGUGUUCUCCACCAAUUCUUAUCUGGUGGAUGAGGAAACGGAAUUGAAGUUUUUGCGCCGACUUAGUGAAAUUAUGAUAAUUCUUUUACUGCCACGUGGCUACUCGCUUCCACCGUUAAAAGUGCUGCUUAGCGAGAUACUCUCUUAUAAAAUCUUUUUUCCAUUGAUAAAAAUGCUCACAUCACCGGACUAUAUCAAUCAGAAAGUUGUGCAAAAUAUUGAGUCACGUUUGGCGGCGGCUGCCAUUAGUAAACGCAGCUACGAGUAUGCAGCCAGCUUUGAAGAUUUCUUGAAAAUCAUAAACAAUUCAGGCAAUUUGGAGGAGCUGUCGCUGAUACGCAAAAGCAUUGUGAAUGACUUGAUGCAUGCGACUACAAUGCAGAAUCUGCAACGUGCCAAAGGUCUUGAUCCCGAUACCGACGAUCAUAGUCUGUCAAAAUCGGAAAUGAAUGCUGCAGUGCGUCUGAAACGUUACGUACAACAGCUGACGUUUGCCAAAGCGCAGUGCGAGAAAAAUUUAGGAAAGUACGGCUGGAACGGCAAUUAUACCAGUGAUGUGGAUUUAACGCUCAUCGAAGUUCUGAGUACUGCAGUGGGACGUCGAUACUUGACCAUUUUCUUGGAGCCGCUAAAGGCUAGUGCCUUGGUUGGCUUCUAUUUGGCUGUUGAGGAAUUGAAGCAUUCGCACAAGUCUUCAUGGCAUCAGUUGGGUACUGAAAUUUUCUACACUUACAUACGUGUGCCAAAGCCGGAGAUACAAAUCGAUAAACAUGAACGCAAACUUAUAGAAACAUUUCUGUUGGGCGACACAGGCCCCGAUAUACUAUAUGACAUUCAGAAAAAUAUCCUAAAAACGCUUGAAGAAAAGUAUUAUGCCUCAUUUGUGCUGAGCGAACAGUAUCGGCAAUUACGUGACGCGCUAAAUUCAGAUGACUUUAAAGAUCCCACCUUAUUGCUACGCACAAUCAAUGGCAGCGAUGCUUCAUCAGAUGACUCAAGCUCGGCCCUGGAAGGCGGUGAUGGUGCUAAUACCACAUUGGAUGUGGCGGCGCAUACAUCGUAUGCGCGUCGCAAGCUGGAACAAUUACAGGAACGCAUCGAUAAGAAGAGUCAAGCGUUGGAUGCGCUGAAAUGUUCGGUGAAACCCGAAUCGAAAGUGUUGCAGAUAUUGGAGAAGGAAAUGGAGUGGUUGAAAAACGAGAAACGACAAACAGAGACGCAUCUCAGGCGCACCGAUGCGUGGACAGAGCAUCUGGGCAAGUGGAAGGCGACGUUGCAGAGCGUGGAGGUGCGUGCAGGGAUUUCUGAUGAAAAGGAGUCACUGCAAUUCAUGAUUCUCGUGCAUGUGGACGAGGAUAUAAAUGCGCCACGUACAGCCAGUAGCAGCAAAAGUUCAGAUAAGCCCGGUGGCUUACAGGUGCGGCCCGGUGCAAUAUCAAGUGGUUGGGUGGUGAUGCGAUCGCUGAAUCACGUGCAUGAUCUGCAACGUAAACUGCGAUAUGUCAACUCAAACAUAAAAUCACUCGAUCUGCCGACGAACUUUAAAUUUUUCUUUCUGAAAAACGAUCGCCAAGCGCUCGAAAAAGCCAAAGGACAAAUACAGAAAUUUUUAAAUUUCAUACUAGAAGAUGAUCAUUUGAAUGGCAGCGAAGCUAUUUACAGUUUUCUCAGUCCCAGUUCAGAUCACCUGAAACAGACAUUGCCUUCACCGAAGAAGUCCAAAUUCUCACUAUCCACUUUAUUCAAAAGUGAUGCUGCGAAAGGUGGAGAUAUGGGUAAAGCUAACGAUCCCUUUUGGGGCUUACAUCGUGAUGAUGAGGAUAUUUCAACUUAUUUGGAAGGAGAAACGGGUGUGGACUCAAAGCUUUUAGCCGAUCUGGAUAGCAAAGAUUCAAUAGCGGAGCCUUUGUAUGCGUUGCUCGGUGAGAUUUUCGAUAUGGGCGGUGUUUUCAAGUGGCUGCGGAAGAGUUUGAUAUCAUUUGUGCAGAUCACUUAUGGCAGGACAAUAAACAGGCAAAUUCGUGAGUCCGUAGCCUAUUUGUUUGAGGAAUCGAUGUUGCACUAUUACUUCUCUGCAAUUUUGAAAUCGUUUUGGCCCGGCGGAUUGCUGGCUUCUUCAUAUCCCGUACGUUCUGACGAUAUUAAAGAGAUGACGCGCAACGCUGCAAAAGAUUUGCUGAUGGACAAUAUACCUGAGGUGCUGUGCAAUUUAGUAGGUGCACAAACGGCUAAACAUGGAGUGCUAAAAGUUUUCGAAGCCAUGCAGAAUCCAACUUAUAACAAGCAAUUAUUUUAUGAGCUGCUCGAAAUUUUAAUGAUUGAAUUUUUCCCCGAAAUACGCCAGCUGAAGUUGCCUGGUGUGAAAUCUUCAACGCAUCACCCGACAACGUCGACAGUUGGCACAACAAACUACAGCAAUGCCGCCACAUCACUGGUCACAUCGACUACAAUGGCAGCAGCUGCUGCAGCAGUCAGUGGUAAUAGCAAUAACAGCAAUCAGAACACAACAACACACCAGCCAUACGAAAAACCACAACCUCUACAAUUUCAACAGCAUCACUUUGCAAGUAAUGGCAAAUAGUUAGGUUAGGAUGAGCUACUAAAAAUUUAGCACCAAAGCGACAAGAACAAUUUUACAUAUGGAAAGUAUAACACUUUAGGGCAUUAUAUUUAUGUAUGUAUUAACUGAACAACGCCUUUGAAAAUUUAGUUGGUAAUGUUAAGAAAAUGUGAUUAUGCAAAACGUUAUGCUCGUUUUACCGUAACUGUGCUCAUUUAUGUUAAUCUCAUUUUUAAAACCACUAUAGUUUGUAUGUUUAUAUGUUUAUAUGUGUUUUGAAAUUUGUUAUUUGCGAAUACCAUUUUUUAGUGGGUAAUAUACAAUUUCUAUGAAAUAUGACAAGUUUCUGUACGAAGAUAUUAUUUUUUAUUGAGCUUACUUUUAAAUGGGAUGAUUUAAUUUCAUUUUCAAGUGUGUUGC